AAAAAUUCAGGUAAAGGAGAAACUUAGUUACAAUGAAAGUUCAAUGGUGAAAGAAUAGGUGCAAACCAACAACAGCAAAAGUGGCAGUGCAGGCAGGUGCCAUCUCUGAGUCUGAAUCUGAACUGUCUGUCGGAUGCAAGCGAGAAAAUUUAGUAAUUUUUUAUGUAGCACCAACUGUUUGUGAACAUGUCUGAGAGAACUGCUAUGAACGGGGCAAGACCCAAUAUCAGUAUGAGUAUGAGCAUGAGAUUGAAGAGUUUUUGGGCAUUGAGCAGGAGUAUAAGAAAGCUGAAACCGGUAGCUCUUUUUGUUAUUGCAUUCUCUGUUUUAUUGCUCAAAAGAAGACAGAAUAAUUUUGGUUAUUCCUAUGGCUGUGAUUUUCCGGCCAUAUUCAACUUCGGUGACUCGAAUUCUGACACCGGUGGCAAGUCAGCUGCAUUCGACCGGAUUCCUUAUCCCAAUGGCGAAACUUUCUUCCACAAACAAUCUGGGAGAUACUGCAACGGAAAGCUCGUCCUUGAUUUCAUUGGUCGGGUUGCUUUGCUUAAAUUUUCAUCCUUUAAGCAUUGGCUCUGCUAUAUCAGAAAAAUGAAAAUCACAUCCUUGGGCCAUAUUUUUCUGUUUUUCAAUAUCAAUCUUGGAUUAUUUGCAGCUGAGAAAUUGAAGCUGCCAUACUUGAAUGCAUAUCUGGAUUCCAUUGGUACAAAUUUUAGACAUGGAGCUAAUUUUGCUAUCGGGGGAUCAACAAUUCAGCCACUUGAUACCAGAGUAUUCAACCAAGGGUUCAACCCUAUCUCUCUUGAUAUACAGAUUCUGCAAUUUGAACAAUUGAGGGAACGCACAAAUGAGCUAUAUAAAGAAGGUGUCAACUCAAAUAUCAGAAGUGAGCUUCCGAGGCCAGAGGACUUCACAAAAGCACUAUACACAUUUGAUAUUGGUCAGAAUGAUCUCGAUGCUGCGUUUAAUUUCAUGACAGAAGAACAAGUGCUAGCAUCUGUUCCCGGACUUAUUGAUCAGUUGGCACAUGCUGUUAUGGUAACUGAACUUUUAGUUUAUUGUUUUAGUCCGUUCCUUAGAUGGGGUUACCUUGCAACUUGAGCAUAUUCACCAUAGAAAUACAUAAUCAUUAUUUUGUAAGAAUGUGAAUCCUGUGCAUGUUUGCAUGCUUGCAUGUUGCAUCAAGCUUUUUGUUAAAGCCACAGUUGUAUUUUUGGCCAGUUAAUGCCACGGUUAAUGCAUCAGAACUAUAUAUGCACAGUUGACAUGGUUGUUGCGGCUGUACCAACUAGGAGCAAGAGCAUUUUGGAUACAUAAUACAGGUCCUAUUGGCUGUUUACCUCAACAGGUUCUAGAUUAUCCUCCAAAACCUGAAAAUGUGGAUCAAAAUGGUUGCAUAAAGUCCCAGAAUGUGGUGGCUCAAGAAUUUAAUAGGCAGCUCAAGGAGAGGGUAUCCCAACUCAGGGUGCAGCUCGAAGAUGCAGUCCUGACAUAUGUUGACAUCUACUCAGCUAAAUAUUCUCUAAUUUCCGAAGCAACGAAGCAUGGAUUUACUAACCCACUAGGAUAUUGCUGUGGCCAUCAUCUCAAUGACAAGUGCUGGAGGAGGAAAAUAGUGAAUGGAACAGAAAUAACACGGAGUUCAUGCAGCAACCCUUCAACCUAUAUUAGUUGGGACGGGGUACAUUUUUCACACACUGCAAAUCGGUGGGUGGUCGACAAGAUUCUCGAUGGCUCCCUUUCAGACCCUCCAAUUCCUAUUACAGAAGUUUGUCAGAAGCCUCACCAUUUGCGAUCAAAAGAUCAAAACCUCUAACUCCUGUCACGGUUUUGCAACAGAACAGUAACUAAAUUCUGUCUCUUGCAUUAUGAUUUGUAGUUUCAGAUUCAAGGGGUUAAUUCCUAUUUAAU